AUGGGGUUGGGCGAGCAUGUCUGGAACCUCAAAGACGGCGUACUUCUCCCGCUGCUGCGGACUUGGUAUGUUGGCGCGGUAUUCUACAUCGCCGUCAUCGGGCUCCUAAAAGCCUGCGUGAUCCUCUUCUACCUCGACAUCUUCUCAACCGCAUACCCACGCUUCCGCACCGCCGCCCACACGAUCCUCGCCUACAUAACCCUCAACACGCUCAUCCUAGUCUUCCUCACAAUCUUCGCGUGCCGCCCCAUCGCCACGUUCUGGAAUCGCGACAUCAAGGGGAAAUGCCUCGACAUCCCCGCCAUCGGCUACGCGGUCGGCGUCAGCGCUAUUGUGCAGGAUAUCAUAUUACUAGUGCUUCCGCUGACGGUGAUCGGGUCGUUGAGCAUGGACCGACUGCGGAAGAUCAGCGCGGGGUUUUUGUUUAGCAUCGGCGCGUUUGGGUGUAUUGCGACGGUGUUGCGACUCCACACGAAUCCGUACAUCAAGGUUAGUCUGGAUCCGACGUGGGACUACGCCUCGGGCAUGAUCUGGGUGGAGCUCGAGGUGUGCGCCAUCUACGUGUGCAUUUCGCUGCCGUCGAUCCGGAUCCUCGUCGUGCGGCUGCUGCCGGCGAGGUGUAGGAAUCUGUUUGGGAAGAUGGCGGAGAGGAUAGGGGAUGGUGAGCAUUUCCCGCAGCGGGAUGCCAAGGGCGGAGGUGCUGCGCACUCGCCUGCUGCGUUGCCGGCGUCUGAUCAGUUGAGGAGCCCUCCGCGGGGGUUCUUUAGCAGGAUUUUGCCGCAGACGUCGAUUUGGUCGAGGUUUACGGCGUCAGGGGCUGGAGACGGGGGGUCGAGAGGGUUGUUCUCGACGGGGAGGAAUGAGUCGCAGGUUGCUAUCACAAGGGCUUCGGUGGACAUGGGUGAGGGAAGCGCGGAGUUGCAAGAGAGCUUCCAGCUGUUUCGGAAAUACUGGAAUAAGGAAAUGCGGGGCGGGGGCAACGAAGGGACGAUUCAGAGUCAGGUCUAG